AUGGUGAUACCCAACUCCGGCGAAGAUGAAGUUUCUACGGAAGACAUACGGGAUGAAUUUUUGGUGGAGAGAGAUGUUGAUGAGAAUGUAGCGAACAACAUGAUAUCAGCGGAGAAGGAAGCGUUGGAAGAAGAUGGUCCAAUGGUGCCUGAGGUGCCGAAGGUGGGUUUUCCGAUUAGAAGAAGGAAUUCAAAAAAGGGAGACGACGGGAAAAUGAAAUAUGUGACUUUGACAUGUGGCCGUGAAGGUCGAAAGCCUACCAGUACCAGUGGUUCUUCAAAGCGCCAGCCAACAAUUCAGAUAGAUUAUAAAACUAGGAUCACUGCAUCCACAGAUAUUUAUGGAAUAUGGAGAAUAAACAUAGUCCACCUUGAACAUAAUCAUAAAACAAGUCCUUCGAAGUCGAGGUUAUAUAGUUGCAAUCGAGAAUUAAACUCAAAUGUGAAACGGAAGCUUGAAGUGAACGAUAUGGCUGAAAUUCCUUUGCACAAAAGUUUUAACUCUGUAGUGGUUGAAGCGGGUGAAAAUGAAAAUAUGAGCUAUGUGGAAAAGGAUUGUCGGAAUUAUAUUGAACAAGUGAGACAACUAAGACUUGGUGAAGAAGAUGCCGCAAUGAUACAGUCGUACUUUUCGAAGAUGCAAGCCCAGUGCUUAGGAUUCUACUUUAGUAUGGACUUAGACGAUGAUUCCAGGUCGAAAAAUGUAUUUUGGGCAGAUAAUAGGUCUAGCGUUAACCAUCAUAGACAAUCAACAUUGCUCGGUUGUGGUUUGUUGUCAAACGAGGACACAAAUAUUUUUGCGUGGAUAUUUAGGACAUGGCUUCAGUGUAUGCAUUCAAAAGCUCCCCAUGGAAUCAGUACUGAUCAAGAUAGGGCUAUGCAAAAUGCAUUUGUGAAAGAAUUUGAAGAUGGAUGGAGGGCGAUAAUUAACACAUAUGAUUUGCACAGUAAUGAGUGGCUGUCAGGCCUGUUUGAUAAUAGAGUUCGUUGGGUUCCUUGCUAUCUGAAACUACAUUUUGGGCAGGGACGUCAACAACUCAGUGAAGUGAGAUAUGAACGGGUACUGAGGAAUAAGGUUGAAAAGGAGUUUCAGGAUAACUUCAAGUCAUACUCCCAAAUGGUACCGUGUACAACUAUGUUCGAAAUGGAGAAGCAAUAUCAGAAAUGUAACACCAUUGCAAAGUUCAGGAAAGUUCAAGUUGAGCUUACAGGGAAGGUUUAUUGCGACAUCCUAUCUAGUACGGAGGGACCUUCAUGCACCACCUAUGAAAUACGGGAGGUUGUCAUGCUUGAUGAUGAUAGACGAAAGAUAAAAAGAUUUGAUAAUGCAUGGUGUUUAGUUGAUGAAUUAAUAAUGAGAAUAAAAGUUGAGGAUUGGAGAUGUAGUGACGUGAAAGUUUGGAAAAACUUGUCAAUUUAG